AUGGUCCUGAUCUUGGAAGAUAUCCAGAUUGGAUGGAUAUGUGCCCUGACAAUUGAGGCUUCCGUGGCCCGGCUCAUGCUCGACCACGUCUACAACGAAACUAUACCGCUUCCCAGACACGACGACAACAUCUACACAUACGGUCGAAUCAACUUGAAGACAGGAGACGGGUUCCACAAUAUCGCUAUCGCUCAACUGCCUCUAGCUGAGACGGGCAAAGCGUCCGCGGCGACUGUGGCUAAGGAUAUGCGACGCACGUUCCCCAACAUCAAGUUCGGUCUCAUGGUCGGGAUAGCAGGAGGUAUAUGGAGUCGUGGUAUCGACGUACGGCUUGGGGACGUCGUCGUCGGCGUGUCAGAUGACAACGGUUCCGGCGUGAUACAAUAUGACCAUGGCAAAUACCUCCAAGACUCGGCAUUCGUUCAGAGGGGUGUGAUGAACAAAGCCCCAAAGUUGCUUCGCACUGCUGUCGGCAUAAUCAGAAGAUUUGCUCAUCGACCAGCGCACGAUUUUCUUUUCGAACCCAGGUAUACCCACAAGGUCAAGGGUAGAUCUUGCAGGUAUUGUGCGAGUGAUCGGCUACGCAAUCGACCCAAGCGGUCUUUUACCUACCCUGCCAUUCACUAUGGGCCCAUAGCUUCAGGAGAUGCGGUCAUCAAAGAUGCCCUGUUCGCGCAAACGAUUCAAGAGAAACACGGUGUUUUGUGCUUCGAGAUGGAGGCUGCUGGUCUUGACGCAUUUCCGUGCCUAGUCAUCAGAGGUAUAUCUGACUAUGCAGAUACGCACAAGAAUGAUGAUUGGCAUCCUUAUGCCGCCGCGGCUGCCGCCGCGUAUGCUAAAGAGGUGUUGGCAGUCGUCCCUUCAACGGCUGUUGCGCAGCUGCCCUCGAUUGGUUAG